CCUGUCACCGGCACAGGUUCUCCGGUGCAGGAUGAGGACCUUGUGUUUGGGCGUACUUCGAUCCCAGCAUAUGAUGCAGAGUCUGAGAAGAAAGGAGCACUGGAACCAGAGAUCACUGCCGUGCCUACCCCGGAUGGUUCAAGCGAUGACUUCGACAAGUCCGACGACCCUGAUCAUAUCAUUGUCACUGGAGCAGAUGCAGCCGCUCACUUACUGUCACUGCGUGACGACAGAGACCCGUCAGUGACGUUUCGUGGUAUCUUCCUGGCGUCUUGUGUCUCUGCAUUCCAAGCCGUCAUGAAUCAAAUCUACACAUUCAAACCCACUUCGAUCACCAUCCAAGGUACUUUCAUCGUCCUCAUCGCUUACUUUGUCGGUAAUGCCUGGGCCAAGUUCCUCCCUCGUGGCGACCGCCAUCUAUCACGAUGGAAAGCGAACAAUGGCGACAACAAGCCGCCUUUCUGGAUCACGUUGCUCGUGUUCAUCAAUCCAGGACCAUGGGGACUCAAAGAACACGCUAUCUGUUCCAUCACCGCCACUUCGGCUUCGAAUGCUGCUGCUGUCUCGCAGGUCUUCGCAGCGCAGGAGCUGUUUUACGAUCUGCCCAUCAGCCCCGCAACUGUCAUCUUGACAAUGAUCUCGAUCGGUUUGUUUGGCUACGGACUCUGUGGUCUGCUGCGACCCAUCGCUGUGUGGCAUGUUGAAGCCGUGUACUGGAGCACACUACCGACCGUCAAGACACUCCAAGGCUUGCACUGGCAAGAGGUUAAGGACUCCAAGCCCCUUCGGUACUUCUGGUAUGCUUUUGUCGGCAUGUUUUUCUACGAGCUCUUCCCUGCGUACAUCUUUCCAUGGCUGAAUUCGGUGUCCGUACCCUGCUUGGCUGCCAUGAAAGCUACUGGUGAAAAGGCUGCUGUGCUCACUAAUCUUUUUGGCGGCGCUACCAACAAUGAAGGACUGGGGAUGUUCACUCUUUCCUUCGACUGGCAAUACGUGCAUGUUGCUAUAGGCGUCUUUGUAUGCAUGAUGGUCAUGUUGGCGAUCUACUACACGGAUACUUGGGGUUCCAAGUCACAGCCAUUCAUGUCGACCCAGCUCAGGUCACAAGAUGGAAAAAAGUACCCUACCUCCAAAGUCUUUGUGGGUGGAGUGCUGGACGAGGCCGCUCUGCAGAAGUAUGGUAUUCCCCGUCUGACUGGAAGCUUCGCUUACGCCCUAUUCAUGGCAAACGCUGCAAUUGGUGCUCUCAUUGCUCACACCAUCCUCUUCUGGGGUGGCGAUAUCAAGCGAACAUACAAGAGCGCCAAAGCUGGAAGAUAUGACGACCGACACCAUCAGCACAUGGCAAAGAACUACAAAGAAUACAUGAUCGUCCUAGUGUUCAGUUUCGUCCUUGGCCUUGUCGUUGUGAUCAAAGAGAACAUCACUAUGCCAGUAUGGGCUUACGUCGUCUCUCUGAUCACGGGUAUCAUCAUUGCACCAUUCAUGAUUGCUGGUCUGGCGCUUCCUGGCCGUCCGGUGGGCAACAUGUACUUUGCUGCUUGGUCACACAACGUGAUCACCAACACUGUCAACCUCUGCAACGAUCUUAAGAUGGGUGAAUACCUCAAAAUUCCUCCUCGCGUUAUGUUCAUCACGCAGAUCUACGGCACAAUUCUGGGUGGCUUCUUGAACUACGCUGUCAUGAUCUCGAUUGUCAGCGGUAAUGCCGAACUCCUUACCUCUGGUAAUGGUAACGCUUCGUGGAGUGGCGCCACCAUCCAAUCCUACAACACCAACGCGAGUUUAUGGGCUCUGGCCAAGUACCUCUACAAAACUGGCACGACAUACUCGGCUGUGCCUUUCGGUGUUGCUGUGGGUGCUGGCUUCGUAGUUUUCCACCGCAUCUUUGCUCAGGUAAUGACUUGGUCUCUUCUUUUGUCGAGUUUGAUGAUUGCUUACUCUUUAUCGCAUAGNUUUGUCCCCAGAAUCCGCAACUUUUCCACUUACGACAUCAACAUGCCGCAAUUACUUGCAUAUGCUGGCUACAUCCCCUACAACCAAUCGCAGACAUGUGUUCUUUUCAGUCAAUUGAUCGCCGGCUUUUAUACCCAGUUUUACUUGCGCAACUACAAGCCUCGCAUCUUCAAGGAUUAUUCGUACUUGGUCACUGGCGCGAUGGACGGCGCUAGUUUGCUCGCGCUGUUUAUCUUGUCGUUUGCGGUGUUUGGUGCUGCUGGGAGCUCGAAACCUUUCCCAUCUUGGUUUGGCAAUAAUGUUGAUGGAAACUAUGAUCAUUGUCCAGUGCCCGAGUGA